GCAGCGCCACCGCGCGCACAGGUAUGAGACAAAGCGCAGUUUCCUGAUUCUGGCUUUACGAGCACCUACUCAACGCUCCAUUCUUUUGCCUAUUUGUUUUUGUUUGUUAAAGAAAAACAAAAGGAAUGUGGAAAUCUCCUGCCGAUAGAUUGUGUAACAAAUGCAUAUUGCACCUAACUAGCAGGUUUCAGUUAGGAGUGGAGCUGCUAAAUGUGUGAGAAACCAUAUUGAUGACACUUACAGUUUAGCAGACUAUAUACAAAAGGGAAGCUCAGAAUUACACCACUGCUGGACAAACACACAGCUCCGUCAACGCCCUAAGAAACAGAAGAGACGUUAGAAACACCCUAGGAACAAUGGCAGCUAUUGUAACAGGUCUGAUCCCGAUCCUCCGUACCGCAGUGGACUCCACCGCCACCUAUAAAGCUCGCAGCGUGUGGUUCGGCCUGCUCUGCAUCCGCCUGGUGAUGAUUUUCCUGGCUCAGUUUCCCUGGAAAGGCCUGAAUGAAGACUUCCAGUGUAACGGCACGGAAACCAUCUGCACUAAAUACUGUUUUAAUAAACAUUUUGACAAUUCCGUGAUCAUGACAUGGCAUUUCCUAUUCAUCCUUCUUGUACUCUCGGUUCUUCUAAUGGAGAUGUUCUCUUCCCAUGUUCGAUCUUCAGCCUUAAGGAAGAAGCAGAAAGAAGUGGCUUCUCAAGCCGAGGAGGGGGAUUCAGUGGAUCCCACCAUGACUGUGGGUGGAAAGAUGAUGAUAGACCUUCAUAAGAGCAAAAAGAGCGUGUUGGUGUAUCUGUCAAGCGUGAUACUGCGGAUCGUUGUAGAGGGUUUAUUCAUGUAUAUCUUGCUCUUCUUGGUUCUGCCUAAAGUGAGUGAGAACAUAUACCUAUGUGAUGCAAAAGAGUUAGCUAAAUGUUCACCUGUACACCAGUGUGUUGUCCGUGGAUUAGCCGAAAAGAGAAUGUCUGUCCAUUCACUGCUGUUUAUAUCUGCCCUGGUCAUUAUUUACAGUGGUAUGUUCUGUCUCUACUCCGUAUUCCACUAUCUCUGUUAAAAUGAAAGAAAGUGCAGUGCAUCUGUCACUGAAAACCCAGAUGUGUUGAAUUUUGAACGCAUAAAUUAAAAAUCCUAGUUCAUAUAAUUUGUUUACUAACAAAAUCCAUAUAGAUUUUUUGCAAGAAAAAAUAUAUUUUCAUGCUGUUCAGUUCACUUGUGUUUGCUUUGGUAAACAUUUGGUUCAAUGCAUUGUAUUUAUCCCCACAAUAAUGACAAUGCAUGUCAAAAAUGCAGUUUGGUGUGUUUCUGUGGACAACCGACCAAGUGCAUUCAACGACUGACACUGAGGCGGUCAUAAAUUUCUUUCAGUUCUAUUUGUACUAUUUGUACUAUAAGUACAUUGCAUGAAUACCAAGUUACAUGAACAUAAAUAUAUCGUUUUUGUGAGACCCAUUAAUGAGUUAAAAGGGGGAAACAAGUUUACUGAAAUAAUUUAAUAGUCAACCUUUUUAAGAAUUUAACUCAAGUAAAGAUUUCCAGUUACUAGUACGUAAUGAUACUUGAUCAACAAGUUUACCAAGGUUAUUUAGUUUUGCCAACCUAAAUUAAUUUAUAAUACACCUUUUUAAACACUUAUCUGUUUUAAUAAGUUAAUUUAUUACAUUUUACUGUGACGUAUUCCAUAAUUUGAAAUGCUUUCUUAUGGCUCAGCAUUGCAAAUAAUGUGAUUGUUUUUUUGUAAUGUAUUUAUUUUUAUAAUUUGCUAUUUAUCUUUGCUAUAAACAAGAACAAAAAACGGUUAAAAUGCUGAUAAGAGCUGUGUCAUCUUCCUUUUUGGACUUUUUGACAUGGUGUUUCUGCAUCAGCCAUUUUUUUGUGUGGGUUGGUUGAGAAGUCGUUUUUGGCGUCCAUAUCACUUCAUGUGAGUGAUGACCAAGCUGUUUUACUUCAGAGUCAACAGUUGUUCUUAGACUUACAGUACGUUUAUUCAGUUUUCAUAAACAUGCCCAAUUGCAUUUUGAGACAAAACAAUGGCACUGUUGUAUUUUAAGACUUGUCCACGUAAACUGUUUUCAGUUUAGACAGCUAUUUAUUUUAGUCUAGGACUGGUCUUAAACCCUGUACGGGAAAACCGGCCCUUAAACUUCUUAAGAGUGUAUGUGGCACAAUAGCUAUUGAUAAAUUAACUAAAUAUGAAAAAACAAAGCCAUAAUUGAUGGUUGAUUUUGCUUGUCACAUUUUAUUUAUAACAUCUCUUCUAAAAUGUAUAUGUAUAUAUUAAAUAAAGACCAUUCUUAACUAUA